AUGUUUACUGCAAAGACAAAGAAUCUACUGCCUAAAGUCGUAGUGGCCGGUAUAGCCACAGUGACGGUAGGUGGUAUUAUUUACGCAAAGAAAGGUCCAAGAAUUCAUGCACCUUCCUAUCAGGAAGACGGCAAAUUAAUUUCUCCGCUUGAUAAACGGAGCGUUAAUUUGCCCACAAGAAAUGACCUCAUAUCGAAAUUGAAUAAGACAAAUCAAUUCGACGUUUUAGUCAUUGGUGGUGGUGCUACGGGGGCAGGAUGUGCUUUAGAUGCCACUACAAGAGGUCUCAAUGUCGCUUUGGUUGAAAAAUACGAUUUUGCAUCCGGAACUUCUUCAAAAUCUACUAAGAUGGCCCAUGGUGGUGUUCGCUACUUAGAAAAAGCUUUUUGGGAAUUAUCCAAGGCUCAAUUAGACUUAGUAAUUGAAGCUUUGAAUGAAAGAGCUCAUUUGUUAAAUACUGCUCCCCAUCUUUGUAAAAUUCUACCCAUUAUGAUUCCUGUUUAUAAUUAUUGGCAAAUUCCUUACUUCUAUGCAGGUUGUAAAAUGUACGAUCUAUUUGCUGGCUCACAAAAUUUAAAAAGUUCAUAUCUCUUAUCAAAGAGAUCUGCAGCUGACGUUGCCCCGAUGUUAGAUACAACCAAAUUGAAAGCUGGUUUGGUGUAUCAUGAUGGUACAUUCAAUGAUUCAAGAAUGAAUUCUACUCUGGCUGUUACUGCCAUUGAAAAUGGCUCCACUGUUUUAAAUUAUAUGGAAGUUAAACAAUUAUUAAAGGAGAAAGGUUCAGGUAAAAUUGAAGGCGCCAUAGUAGAAGAUCUUGAAACAGGCAAACAAUAUAAUAUUAAAGCUAAAGUUGUUAUUAAUGCCACUGGCCCUUACAGUGAUGCAAUCUUACAAAUGGAUCAAAACCCAACAGGAUUACCAGAUCCAUUGAAUGUCAAUUUAAAGACAAAUAAUGACAUAGCUACUAAAGUGUCUGUGUCAAAUCCAAAAAUGGUCGUUCCUUCUGCAGGUGUACAUAUUAUCUUACCCUCUUUCUAUUGUCCAAAGGAUAUCGGUUUAUUAGAUGCAAAGACUUCUGACGGGAGAGUCAUGUUUUUCUUACCAUGGCAAGGUAAAGUCCUAGCAGGUACCACUGAUGUCCCAAUGAAGCAAAUUCCUGAGAAUCCAACCGCUACAGAAGCUGAUAUUCAAGAUAUCUUGAAAGAAUUACAGCAUUAUAUCAGAUUUCCAGUGAAAAGAGAAGAUGUUUUAAGCGCUUGGGCUGGUAUUAGACCAUUGGUCAAAGAUCCAAGAACACUAGAUAAGAAUGGUGAUGGCUCCACACAAGGUUUGGUUAGAUCUCAUUUUAUUUUCACCUCAGACCAUGGUUUAGUAACUAUUGCAGGUGGUAAAUGGACUACCUAUAGAGCUAUGGCUGAAGAAACUGUCGAUGAAGCUAUCAAGGUUGGUAAAUUUGCAAACGUUAAGCCUUGUAUUACAAGAGAUAUUAAAUUGGCUGGUGGUGAAAAUUGGAAUCCAAAUCUUCAAGCAUUAUUGGCACAAAGAUACCAUCUCUCAAGUAAAUUGUCUCAACAUUUGGCUGAUAACUAUGGUACAAGAGCCCCAAUUAUCUGUGAAAUGUAUGCAAAGGAUAGGAAAAACAAAUUACCAAUUGCUCUAGCAGCAAAUUACAAUGAACAUGAAGAUGAAAUUGAAAAUGCAAAUGAUUUAAUUUAUAACAAUGAAAGAGGCGACGUAUUUGAAUGCUUCCGCUAUCCAUUUACUGUCGGUGAGGUCAAAUACUCUGUCAAUUAUGAGUAUGCAAUAACUGCAUUGGAUUUCUUAAUGAGACGGUCUAGAUUUGCUUUCUUAGAUGCAAAGGAGGCUGUACAUGCUGUAGAAGGUACUGUCAAGAUUAUGGGAGAUGAGUUAAACUGGGACGAAAGUAGAAGACAUAAAGAAAUUGAAAACACCAUUAAAUAUAUCAAAACUUUUGGAGUAUGA